UGUAUCCUGGAGGGAAGGAGGAGGGAUACCCAAUGGGGGAACCCGAUCCCUGGUAUGUUUGUGGCAGAAACUGGAGAGGGCAGCACCGUCAACGCACAGCUCGAAGCAUGUAAACAAAACCUGCGCCCAUCACAAUGCUGUACACACCUGUGUUCGUACAUACAUGCUGCUCUGUGAUGCCUCUUGCCUCUGUUGCUGUGUGGGGCAAGAAAAGCCGUACACUCCCAUGGACUCAGCUGUAUUUAUUCCUCAGACGGGGAUUGCAGGGGCUCCAAGUCUUGGGAAAGCCAUGUGUGGAGCACAAGCAGUCUGUCCACAUGGAAAAUUUUGAGCUCAAGCAUACCAGAAGCACAACACAUCUGCUGAACAAUGCAGCACCAAUUCCUGCAGAUAAACGAACUUCAGGGACACCAUCCACACCACACAAGACAGUCCAGCAAUCUGGAAGGAAGACCAGCACAAUACCACAGCAAUUGAUGCAAAGAGCAGCAGAUUUUCUGCCUCCCAGGAUGAUGUAAUUUUUCAAUGGACAUCUGUAACAUGCUUUGAUUAGUGUGACAGUGGAGGAAGAGGAGGAAGAGGAGGAGGCAGCUUGCUGUAGCAGUAUAUUAUCAAAGUCCUAAAAGGAUUACAGUAAGCACUGCAUUUCUCACUGAGAAACAUUUUGUUAGCAGGGACAACAAACUCUGGCAGUCCUGUAAAGGAAGUUACUUUAAGGCAAUAUAUCUCAUGUAAUGAGUAUCAUCAAAGAUUUGUUCAAUUUUGACCAGGUUUCUGAUUCCAUUAUUGGAGGCAAGGAUAUUGGUGAACAUGACAAAAGUUUGGAACUUGGAAACCAUGCAUUUCUGUUUGUGAUUAAAGAACUGAGAAAUGGAAAUGCUUUUUAGGCUAUUCCUUUUAUCUGGGAAAGACUGAUAUUAUGCAGUGUGAGAAUGCUGACAUGUUCAUUAGGCUUAAGACAUUGAUACUAGAGUAACUGCACUUUUUUUCUUUCUUGGACCAAGAGGCAAUACAAUGUUCUUCUCUUAGAAUCUUGGCAUGUUUUUUGCCGUUAAUGGUGAACGGAUCCGUUUCUCGUAUGAUUCACCGAAGCUUUGGAAGAGACUCAGUAACACUAUUUUGAAGGAGAAAAGUAAAGUACAUACAGGGUAAUAUAAUUAAAUGCUGAACGUUUAAUUCUGAAUGAUCAUCAGCUAAAAAAUAUGAGACUUGCUCCUAACUGGUAAAUUCAACAUGUGUAGGAUUUUCAAGUAAUUUACAGAAUAGACACACAUUCCUUGGUAGGCUUACUGCUACAAGAAGCUGUCCUUGUUGCAGUAUAGGCAUGUAUACCAGGUGCAUAGAUCCUUUUCAUUAUUGAAAUAGUUUAGUUACUCUUCAUUUUAAUGAUGUUUAUUGCUAAAUCUUGUAAAAUUUGCAAGGAAUGCAAGAACAUCAUGGAAACUGUGCCAUACACACACUCUAACAAGACAGCACUUCAGGUGCUGUGGCACAACUGGUCUUUGUUCAGUUUCCUUACCAUAGUUAUCAAUUGGAUGAACCACACUUCCUUGACAAGAUUAAGACUCAGAUUACCCACCGACUUCAGUUCCUAACUCUAAAUUUGAAGAUAUAGUGAUGGCAUCAGACUACUUCUAGCUCAUAAUCUUUUCAUUUAACUGAUUGUGCCUGAAGAAGAUUUUUGAGCCUCAUGAACGUCAAAUAACAAGGAUAUUUUGUGAGAUACCAGCCAUCAGUUAGACAGCAGCAGUGAGGCAGAUUAGAUUUAUCAUUUUAAGUGGCCUUUUCAUUUCCCAAUGAGGAAAAAAAGUGUAUUUUCUUUACCAGUCAUAAGUUUGUGUUGCCUUUGCAAUUAGAUUAAACUAAAGCAACUAACCAAAAGCUUUAGUUUAAUCAAACUUGGAGUAUUUUAUAUCCUUAAAUAGGAAAUAGGAAGAAGAAAUAAAUAUGAAAAGUUGAAUAGUAAAUUUGCAUACAGUACACAGAUAUGCCCACAAAAUUUCUUUCUAAUGGUUUUUGUUUUUCUUUUCACUGUAUUCUUGCAAACCAUUCUGCUCUUGUCCUACUGUCUCAUUGCAUGUCCCAUGUCCAAGCUUAGGAUGCUGU